GCCUCGCCCCCGGGCACCAUGGAGCUGUCGCCGUCGUCCGGAGGAGCCGCGGAGGCGCUGUCCUGGCCGGAGAUGUUCCCGGCGCUGGAGUCGGACUCGCCGCUGCCGCCGGAGGAGCUGGACGCGGUGGUCCCGGUCAGCGGGGCCGUGGCCGGUGGCAUGUUGGACCGGAUCCUCCUGGAGUCCGUGUGCCAGCAGCAGAGCUGGCUCCGCGUGUACGAUGUGAAAGGGCCACCAACCCAUCAUCUGUCUUGUGGUCAGUCACCCUACACUGAGACAACAACAUGGGAGCGGAAGUACUGCAUCCUCACAGACAGCCAGUUGGUAUUGCUCAACAAGGAGAAGGAGAUACCUUUGGACGGGGGACAGGAGCAGCAGCCCGAAUCCACCAAAGGGCGAUGCCUGAGGAGAACUGUCAGCGUCCCUUCCGAGGGUCAGUUUCCUGAGUACCCACAAGAGGGCGCCACUAAACUGGAGGUACCAGCAGAAAGGUCCCCUCGCAGACGGAGUAUCUCAGGGACCAGUACAUCAGAGAAACCCAACUCCAUGGACACUGCAAAUACCUCACCUUUCAAAGUACCAGGAUUCUUCAGCAAGCGCCUAAAAGGCUCCAUCAAGAGGACCAAAAGCCAGUCAAAGCUUGACAGAAACACAAGUUUUCGACUUCCAUCCCUUCGCAGUACAGAUGACAGGUCUCGUGGGCUGCCUAAACUAAAAGAGUCACGUUCUCAUGAAUCCUUGCUGAGCCCGUGCAGUGCAGUGGAAUGUUUGGAUCUUGGUAGAGGGGAGCCCAUAUCAGUGAAACCACUCCAUAGUAGCAUUCUUGGACAAGACUUCUGCUUCGAGGUGACCUACUUAAGUGGAAGUAAAUGCUUCAGCUGUAAUUCUGCUUCUGAGAGAGACAAGUGGAUGGAAAACCUUCGCAGGACAGUUCAACCUAAUAAGGACAACUGCAGAAGAGCCGAAAAUGUUCUUCGUUUAUGGAUCAUCGAAGCCAAGGACCUUGCCCCUAAAAAGAAAUAUUUCUGUGAACUGUGCCUUGAUGAUACCCUAUUUGCUCGUACAACCAGCAAGACCAAAGCAGAUAAUAUUUUCUGGGGUGAACAUUUUGAAUUCUUCAGCCUUCCACCUCUUCACAGUAUCACAGUUCACAUUUAUAAAGAUGUGGAAAAAAAGAAAAAGAAGGACAAAAAUAAUUAUGUAGGGCUAGUUAACAUCCCCACUGCCAGUGUGACUGGUCGCCAAUUUAUAGAAAAGUGGUAUCCAGUAAGUACACCUACACCCAACAAAGGAAAAACAGGAGGACCUUCUAUUCGGAUUAAAUCACGUUUCCAAACUAUCACCAUUCUGCCUAUGGAGCAAUACAAAGAAUUUGCAGAAUUUGUCACCAGCAACUACACCAUGCUGUGUUCUGUUCUUGAGCCAGUAAUUAGCGUGAGAAAUAAAGAGGAGCUGGCUUGUGCCUUAGUGCACAUUCUUCAAAGUACUGGCAGGGCCAAGGAUUUUCUGACCGACUUGGUGAUGUCUGAGGUGGAUCGUUGUGGAGAGCAUGAUGUUUUGAUCUUCAGAGAGAACACCAUUGCCACCAAAUCCAUUGAGGAAUACCUCAAGUUGGUGGGACAGCAGUAUCUUCAUGAUGCACUAGGAGAGUUCAUCAAAGCUUUGUAUGAGUCAGAUGAGAACUGUGAAGUGGAUCCCAGCAAAUGUUCAUCUAGUGAACUGAUAGACCAUCAGAGCAACCUGAAGAUGUGCUGUGAGCUGGCUUUCUGCAAGAUUAUCAACUCUUACUGUGUUUUUCCUCGUGAGUUGAAAGAAGUGUUUGCAUCAUGGAAGCAGCAGUGCCUGAACCGCGGCAAGCAAGACAUCAGCGAGAGGCUCAUUAGUGCCUCGUUGUUUCUCCGUUUUCUAUGCCCAGCCAUCAUGUCUCCCAGUCUUUUCAACCUGAUGCAGGAGUAUCCUGAUGACCGCACAUCUCGGACGCUAACUCUUAUUGCCAAGGUCAUUCAGAACCUGGCCAACUUUGCCAAGUUUGGUAACAAAGAGGAAUACAUGGCAUUCAUGAAUGACUUUUUGGAACAUGAAUGGGGUGGAAUGAAGCGCUUUCUUUUGGAGAUCUCUAAUCCAGACACCAUCUCAAACACCCCAGGUUUUGAUGGUUACAUCGAUCUUGGCCGAGAGCUUUCAGUUUUGCAUUCCUUACUGUGGGAAGUAGUUUCCCAACUUGAUAAGGGUGAAAAUUCCUUCCUACAGGCAACUGUGGCAAAGUUGGGGCCUCUCCCUCGUGUUCUUGCUGAUAUCACCAAGUCUCUGACUAAUCCUACACCAAUACAACAGCAACUGAGACGGUUCACUGAGCAUAACUCCAGUCCAAAUGUCAGUGGAAGCCUCUCCUCUGGGCUGCAGAAAAUAUUUGAAGACCCCACUGACAGUGAUUUGCAUAAACUAAAAUCUCCAAGCCAGGACAACACAGACAGCUAUUUCAGAGGGAAGACAUUAUUGCUGGUUCAGCAAGCCUCUUCCCAGAGCAUGACUUACUCUGAAAAGGAUGAAAAGGAAAGCAGCCUUCCUAAUGGUCGGAGUAUCUCCCUCAUGGACCUCCAGGACACUCAUGCUGCUCAGAUGGAGCAUGCCUCUGUCAUGCUUGAUGUGCCUAUGCGCUUGGCCGGAAGCCAACUUUCCAUUACCCAGGUGGCCAGCAUCAAACAACUGCGGGAAACCCAGUGCACUCCCCAGAGUGCACCCCAAGUUAGAAGGCCCCUGCACCCAGCCUUGAACCAGCCAGGCAGCCUUCAGCCCUUGUCAUUCCAGAAUCCUGUCUAUCACCUCAAUAACCCGAUUCCAGCAAUGCCAAAGGCCUCUGUAGAUUCCAGUUUGGAGAACCUAAGCACUGCCAGUUCCAGAAGCCAAAGUAACAGUGAAGAUUUCAAACUCAGUGGACCCAGCAAUAGCAGCAUGGAAGAUUUCACCAAACGUAGCACUCAGAGUGAGGAUUUCUCCAGACGGCACACUGUGCCAGACAGACAUAUACCUCUUGCUCUGCCACGGCAAAAUAGUACUGGGCAGGCACAAAUCCGAAAAAUGGACCAGGCUGGGUUAGGUGCCCGAGCCAAAGCCCCACCAUCCCUGCCUCACAGUGCUUCCCUGCGUAGCACCGGGAGCAUGUCGGUAGCAUCUGCAGCCCUGGUGGCCGAACCUGUGCAGAAUGGGAGCCGGUCCCGGCAGCAGUCCUCUUCCUCCAGAGAGAGCCCUGUUCCCAAAGUGAGAGCCAUCCAGAGACAACAGACACAGCAGGUUCAGUCACCUGUGGACUCUGCCACCAUGUCCCCAGUGGAGAGGACAGCAGCCUGGGUUCUGAACAAUGGGCAAUAUGAAGAGGAUGUGGAAGAAACUGAGCAACACCCAGAUGACACCAAGCACGCUGAGAAGUAUGAACAAGAAAUCACUAAACUGAAGGAGCGCUUGCGGGUGUCCAGCCGGCGGCUGGAGGAAUAUGAGCGCCGGCUGCUGGUACAGGAACAGCAGAUGCAGAAGCUGCUGCUGGAGUACAAGGCUCGGCUGGAGGACAGUGAGGAGCGGCUGCGCAGGCAGCAGGAAGAGAAAGACAGCCAGAUGAAAAGCAUCAUCAGCAGGCUAAUGGCUGUGGAAGAGGAACUGAAGAAGGACCAUGCUGAGAUGCAAGCAGUCAUUGAUGCAAAGCAGAAAAUAAUUGAUGCACAGGAAAAGCGGAUCGUGUCCCUGGAUUCAGCCAACACCAGACUGAUGAGUGCGCUGACCCAAGUGAAGGAGCGGUACAGCAUGCAGGUCCGCAAUGGCAUCUCGCCCACCAACCCCACCAAGCUUUCCAUCACGGAGAAUGGUGAAUUUAAAAACAGCAGCUGCUGAUGGACCUUGUGUAGAGACAUACUGUGGAAGGAGACAGAAGGAAACUGACCACUCUUCUGUCCCCAGCCCUCUCUCCACCUCUCCAGGUUACAGAAUGUUGCUGCUCCCAGUGGCAAUUUGGUGAGACUCUUGAAUGAAGAAAGGAACCUUGUCUUUCAGGGCAUAAGGCAACGACUUCCAAGGUCGAUGCUUCCCCCACGUCUCUAUGUACAUAGGGAACUUAGUUCUGGGCCAUGUACAGAAAACACCACUGUAAUAUACCAAAAGGAAGUUAAUAAUGUAGAUUACCUUUUUGAUUAUUGCUAUUUUUAUUAUUGUUUUCCUCUUGUUGAAAGCACUACGGUUGUUAGAGGAGGAAAUGUAGGAACUAUGUGUGAGUGAGAAAUGAGCCUGUGAGUCCAGUAGGUAGAGACCAAGUGUCUAUCUGUUAGAAGCACAUGGAGUGCAAUAGGACAUUGUCGGAAUGAAUUUUUCAGGGAUUCAUCUACUAGUUUAAAAACCCCGCUGUGGCCCCUUGUCCUUUAGGAAAACAUGCAGAUACCAAGAUCCAUAUAAAACAAUUUAUUCCACUGAUAACCAAGACUGUUUCUGGUUGGACAGCUCAUCUGUUUUGGAGAUUCACUGUUGGAAGACACAGAUCAAAGCUGUUGUAUCAAAACUGGACUUUAGGAGUGACUUCUGUACUCCUGUCAGUAUGUUUAUUUCCUCUGUCUACAGCGGAUGAGAAUUUUCUGUUUUAGAUAGGGGGCUUUUUUUGAACCCCCAAUUAUAAUAAAGGGUGUUCCUUUUCCUCUUUAGAGUUUACAAAACUACAAAUAUUUAUGUCUAAUCCAUCUCCACCUCCACCUCCACACGCCCACUGCCUUUCCUACCAUGGUGGGGUGGGAGCCAUCAUCUCUAACAUGGAUUACUCCCAUGGAGAGGAUAUUCAGAUACUCUGUCCAUAAGCCAUUGGAUACAUACCCUUUCUUCUGCACAGAAAAGGGCUAACCCUACAUAGCUGGAAUCUCUGAAUACUUCCUAUUAAAAAUUUUUCCCUACUUAUUAAGUUAUACUUUUUGUUGGGAUAAAGAUUUUAUCCAUUGUACUAGCAAUUCUGUGGACAGGGUAAUUUUAUCUCCGUACUUAACUUUUAAAUUGCUUCUUCUUCUGAUCCUCUCAGUAAAAUUUGGAAAGGAAAUCCAAAUCUGAAACAUCACUUUCUUAAAAGUGAUGAUUACUCUUGUUAAAAAGAAAACUGAAAGUGUCAGGAUGGCCCCUUCAAAUUGUCAUUCCCAUGCUCUUGGUAGAUCUGGCAAUGACCCCGUUUUAACAUUCACCAUCCAUAGCCUUAUUAUUAUAGGACAGAGCAAGUCAUGGAAACUAAUUUAUUUCCUUUUUUUCCAGAAGCGUGUAAUGUCAUCUUGAAUGCAAUCUUGAUUACUAGAAGUAUGGAAUGUUACAUGUUAAACAGACAUUAUAUAUACAAAUAUGUAUACAUAUAUAUUCACACAUAUGUACAUAUAACUGCACACAUAGAAAACGUUCAUGCCUUCUAUGCUGUCAGAUGUAAUGUUAAAAGGGUCCUGAAUCUCUUUAAGCAAGAUUUUAUAUUGAGAAAGCAACAUUGUUUCUCAAAUAAGUUGUUAUUUUAAUUUAUAAACUUUAAAGAAUUUUUUUAAAAGGAAGAGAGGAGGAGGAGAAAAAACGCUGAGGGAGCUCUAUGCAUGGAGUGAGUACUUCUCCUAAUAGCCUUGUAAGGACAUGACAGUGCCCUCUUGAGUGAAGCCCAGACUCCGAGCCUUCCUUCCCUGAGUCCCAGGCUUGCGUCCCAGCCUUCUGAGCUCUGUCCUCUCUCAGGUGGACCUUGGUGUUGGAUCUUACAUUUCAGCAGCCUCACCAUGGCCACAUAACCCAUAACCGUUUAAACAGUUUCCUGCAUAACAGUCCCUUUUUCUGCCUACAGAGAUCUGAAAUAGGAGCUUCUCAUUGUGCUUAUCUGACCUGCAGACUUUAUGCCCAGCUCUUUUGGCCCUUGGGUGUUUUCUUGACUUCCGUAGUUAUUUUGCAAAUUCUUACAUCUUCCCUCCAAGCUGAGGGCACACAGUGGUCAAAAUCUCUUAUUUUAUUAGGAAAAAGAGGUUACUGAUUCUGAAGUAGAGUCUUUUCUUAUGGUAGGGGGAUGUAAACAUAGAUUUUGUUUGUGGCUAUUCUCAGCUCUAGCCAUGUUUAAUUCAUUCUUUGUAAGAGCCUUUGAAUGUGCCAUAGAAAACCUGGUAAAAGAAUUGUCCAUUUCAGUGGCCUUAAGUAUGUAACGUGGGUGAUGUCUUGCAUUGAGGUUUGGAAGCUCUUAUGUGUUGGUUACAGACUCCAGAGGACUGAUAAAAUUACCUAUAUUGGGGGCUGAGAGGAGCCACAGAAAAUAAAAUGUGUUUCUUGUUAGUAUGUGGAAGCACCUAAGAGGGCUGUCUAUACUGGAAGAUUAAAUGCCUAAAACAUUUGGACUGGUUGUGCAACCCUCGACUAUGUUGAACGAAGAGAACAGAGUAAAAAUAAUAAGAGCAUUAGAAGUAAACUAAAAGUUCGGAGUUGUUGCCAGAUGUUACAUUUUAGAUUAUCCUGUGAGCCUACUCCUAUCCAGAUAUUUUUCUGAGUUCUACAGAAUUCUGGAAUCUAUAGAACUUAUUCUGAAAGAUAUAUUUUAAGUAUGGAAGAAGGCAGCAAUGACUGAUAAUUUUUAUGAAGAUGUUGCUUAAUUGGCUUUUCCUCAGUUCAAAUAGCUACACACCUCUGUUUUGCUGGGAGGAGGUGCAUGGUUGAAGGGAGGCAGGUAGAUUAAAAGAGCCACGCCUUAUACUCCACCUCCCUCCACAUAUCACCACAUUGUGAGGUGCAGGAUAGGCUAGCGUGGAGUGGAAUUUGGAAUUCAGGUGAAGUGCUUGUCUGCCAGCAGACUUGGCCAUGAGCAAGGAUAGUGCUGGUAGGAGUCAAGACAAGGGCUUCAUGGUCCCCCUUUUAUAUUACUGGAGCAAUAAGUUAUCUGAGCUGAAGCAGCAAAAGAGUUACAUUUCCAUCAGAUCAUCAUAUUCCCUGAGCCUCUGCAAUAAAAGCCACAUCAGAGAAGAGGCUGUAACUGGUAGUCUAACGAGCACUUGAGCACAUAUUGUGUUCUAAGCAUUGUCACCAAGGUCCUGCUCAGGUCCAGGGCAGUCUGUGGGUAAGGGACAGUCUGUGGGGAGAUGAGGUCAUCACGCUGCUGUCGCUUUUUACUUUUUCCAUUUAGUAUCAAGUUGGUCAGCACUUUCUUUCUCUGACUGGAUCCACUUUCACUUUUCUCUGUGAUGGUGUUAAGCAGUGAAAGAAGUAAGAUUUCCUGUCGAAGACCAUUAAAGCAUUAACUACAUGCCCUUGAGAAUGAACUUGACUUUAGAAGUACAGUCCUACAGAGCCUUUGUUCAUGGGUCUGUGGCUCUGUCGACCCCUGGCUUUCACUGUGGUAUACCAGCUUGGGAGCAGAGUUUGUUUUUGAAAGUCUCAGAGCAAGAAAACUGCCAUAAGUGAGUCUGCCUGGCCUUCCAUUGUGGUUUAUCUAGUCUGGAGUUCCUGAGAAGGCCAGUUAUGGGGCUGAACCCUCUUCAGUCCCAUCAGUCUCCUCCGUUGUGACCCUGAACCCCACCCAUGCUUGACACCAGACCAGACUUGUCACUUGGCUACAUCCAGCAGCACCAGAACCCUUGCCACAGCUUCACUGCUUGUUGAGCUGCACCUUUGGAGGCUGCUUCUCCUAUGAACUGUGGAAAGCCAGAAGGAUUUCCUUCUCCCCACCCCUCCUUUGCUCAAGUCUAGAACUGAAGUCCCUGCUUGCCCCAGCAGUAAACAGUUGCCUUCCUACCCUUACCUGGGGGCCAAGAAUUUGGGAUACUUUGUUUUUUAGAAAAUUUCAAUUUAAAGGACUAAUUUUACUAUUUUCUUAAAAGCAAGAAUUGUUGGAGUGUUGAAUUUUUAAAGAGAAUCUCUUUUCAUGUUUGAAUGAUUGUUAUUAGUUCUAGAAGCAUUCUCUUCUUGUCAUUACCUAGUUAUGAAUGCUCUUGAGUUUAGGAAGGACAAAAAUGAUUAAAUUUGCAUGAGAUAGAAUAAAUAUCCUAUGAAGAGUAGAGGAACCUGAAGAAGAUACAUGAUCCAGAAGGGAACCAGGGCAUAAGCAGUCUUCUCGGUAGCCCAGGGGUCCAGGGAAAAAGGAAGGUUUAUGUCCCUUGCCUGCUCUUAAUAUACAUAGAUACAUGGAAAGGCAGUUUCUGUAGAUAAUACAUGCACACCUACACAAAACAAAAAUUCCUGGGGCUUCCUUUUCUGAAUGUUAAUCCAUUUCAUAGAUCAGUGAUUCCCAGACUUUCUUGAGUUUAGAUUUUAUGCUUUCAUUUGUUAAAUUUUAUGACAGUCAUUCUAUCUUCUUAAAAAUGUACUAUAUGUGUUAUAUGAAUAUAUAAGUUAAAGUGACCUGAAAUUGAUGUGGCUUGAUGUUGUCUUAAGAACCCUAGAUAUCAUUAUUGAUACCAUGGGGAGUCCUAGAAAUAAAGUUGAAUAUCACUGAUCUAAGAAGAUACAGAAAGAACUAGCUUUGGUUCCUGAUCGCUUAAUCUAAAGAUGUUUGAGUAACCAAUGCAGCAAGACUAGGCAAAUACAGUGAGCCAUCCAGAGAAAGGAAAGUGGUAAUUUUUACUCAUAUUUCAGCAUGCAUCUUAAUUUCCUAUUCUGUUGUUUUCAUUCAACUGCCCUCAUUUGACCCCAGGAAGUUUUUUAAGUUUGGGACCUAAAACCAGAUUUCUCUGUUAUUAAAGAGAGAUUUCCACAGAACCUGUGUUUUAGGGACCUCCAUCAUCUGUGUGGGGGUGCACAUAUUUAUAUAUAAAUAUCAUUUUAUGACAUUUCCAAAUUUUUAAGGGAAAAAUGUCAAUUCCCAGUUCACCAAAAGAUUAAAAUACUAAUUGACAUAAUGACCAUAUUCAGAAAAGUUAAAAUAAAUAGUAAAUUAGGUUAAAUUUUGACUGGUGCUUAGACAUUUCCUAGUUAUAUUAAAAUUAAUUUUAGCAGACAGCGGCACAUUAGUCUGAAUCACACCUGUGAAGAAUUUACCUUCCAAAUUUGAUUUUGUUUUUCAUCUCCAGGGCCUUAAUAAGAGUGUGUUAACACACAUGACUAUUUUACAAUGAUAGCUCUAAAUAAUUUAUUUUUUAUUUCAAGAAAGAGAAGUACACCUUAGAAAAACAAAACCCAAGAUUUUAUUUUAUUUUUAAAGCCAUAUUUUUGUGCUAGUAGCACUUAGAUUGUUCCAUAUGUGAGAUCCAUAUCUGCAUUUCAUUACCUGGGUUUGUUCUAAAGAAGAUUUAUUUUUGUUCUGUGAAUAAUUUUUGACGGUUCUUGUACAUGUACAGAUAUAGAUACGUUUGAGGUCUUUUAUUGAUAUUCCUACAAAGAAUACAAAUAAACUUUAACUUUAAACAUUUCA